AUGUCGCCGCCCUACGACAGAUACGACCGCGGGUCCUCGCGGCGAGGCGUGUGGACGCACUGGGUGCCGCUUGCCGUGACGCUCACCGUCGCCACCGCCGGCCUCGCUGCCUGGGCAUGGAGGCAAUCCCGCGACGAUGAAAACGACCACGUCGAACCCGGCCUGGACUACGAGAAUGCCGACUACGGCGACAACCCACCUUAUGGCGCCUCGAGCCGGGACGCUCCUUCAGGGAAGCCGCCUCUACAAGACGACCAAAGCCGCAGAGAAGCGCCCGCCCCGAGCGACGUGUCUGGAUCGGGCUGGGGAGCCCGCAUGUCGGGGGCGCUGCGGCGCACGCCGAGCCCUCAGCAGUUUUUUGAUUCUACAGGCAAGACGGUCGCGGCUGGCGUCGCUGCGGCUGGCGCCGUAGUCGGCAAGGCCUUGGCCUCCAUCCGCGAGGAGGACAGGGCCUAUUCCGAGAACCCUUGGUCCGAAGAGGCGGACGCCAAGCAGGAUCGCGCGCCCCCAGCGUGGGAGAAGAGGCGAAGGGCAGUCGCAGUCGUCGUCUCUGCCGACACCCAGAUCCCCCAACAAAGCGCGGGACAGUCGAUCUUAUCGCACAUCCCGCGCCACAAUGACCUGUCUGCGAUCAAGCUAUACAUCUUGAUCUACGCCCCAGAGCUGAAGGAAACUGCGCUGGAUACUAUUACCAUGCAGAGUCCCGGUGGGGGCUCCAAGAGUCCGCUCGCGAGCUCGUCCAGCGGCAACGCGGCGUUCGGCGCCAUCUACUCGCAGGCACUCGGCCUGGUGGAUAAGGAGGCCAUGAUUCUCCCAUUCACCACCCCCACCGGACACAGCCACAUUCUCCGCCACAUCCAACCAGAGAUCAUCUAUCUGCAAGAGUCUCUCAGCGGCGAGAAUGGCAGCGUCGUCGCGAACCUGCAGACCUGGCUGCGACACGACGUCGUCUUGGUCGUCGGCGCCGAGAGCGGCUCUGGAGGCCUCGCCGACAGCGAAUCCGAGGCGGAGAAGAGCGGCAAGGCUGACAAGUGGUGGCAGAAGCCUGAAAAAGUGGGUCGCGGGCGUGGCGUGGUGGUGGUGGACGGGAUGCGCGUGCACGACGACUGGGUUCGUCGAGUCCAGGGGCGAGAAUGA